AUGACAGAUGUGCGGCCCAUUGCGGAGACCGACUUAAGUUUGGAUGAAGCGGAAGACAAGAUCAAGCAGAUGCGGCAGGAUCGGAACUGGCUCUCAGAGCGAGCAGCAAGGAAGAAGGGGCUGGUAUCUAUUGUGGUGAUCCUUCCAGAGGGCAUUGGCACAGAGUUUGCCAUCGUGGCAGGCUACAACGAUGAAGUUGACGUCAAGAUUGCAGAGCACAGGGUUGAGCUCUCAGCUGACAGCGCUAGGAUGCUCUCGCUGAAACUUGCCAGCUUUGGCACGAGCUUCCUGAUGCAAACGGCCGCCUGGCACAUGAGUAAUGCGAGCGAACGAGGUAGAAGUUGCUUGUUGUUGGCGGUCUUGCACUUGGCCACGCUGCAUUUGCCCGCAGACAGUUUGGACCGGCUUCGCAUUUCACCAACCUUCGAGAACUGGGUGACGGCCUUUUGUCGGGAAGCCCUUGAGGGCCAAGCCAGCGAUCUCUUCGGCGAGUCCGAACUUGAAGUUCGGAGAGAUCCGCAUCUGAAGAAGCGCUUACCAAGGAGAGUCAUCCGCCUGAUGCGCGAGGAUCCCAAUUUCCAGACUGUUCUUCAGGCUGAUAUUUUUGCUCAACACGAGCAUGAUGCAGGUGAGCCAAACUAUCCAGAGUGCGCUGACAUCGACCAACUUUUUGAUCGAGUUCUUGGAGAAUUGCUGGAACCCUACAAGGCAAAACGUUUUGGUGGGGAGCUACAGCUAGAAGAAGCGCUUUUCCAUUCUCUCAGUUCUACAGGCAAAAUGCUGUCUUUGUUGACAGGACCUCCGGCCAGUCUUCGCAGAUCUGGAAGGGGAGCAACUGUGACUGGGACUUGUGGCUACCACAGAAGCCUUCAAUGCCUUCAUUCUGAGACCUUCAGGUAUCAGUAUGAAAGAUGUUUUGUUCGUGAAUAUGGGUUGAUGGCCGGAAGAGCUUAUGUCGAAAGUAGGUGCCUCAACACCUCGUACCAUCUCGUACUGUGUGCGAUCGAAGGUUCUAUCUUGCCAUGGGCGAGAAUUCGGGCGAGUUCAAAGCUGGUUGCAUCGUCCGAGCCAAUGUAUUGCCCGGGUCUCAGUCUGUGCAGAGCCAAGCCAAGCCAGUCAAGAUCAGUCAAGCGUCCUAGCUUAGUUGCUUCUUACCUCCUUCUUACUUAG